GCGGCCUCUGCGAGGAUGAGACCGGCAGUGGGCUGGGGCGGCGGCGGCAGCUAGCGGCGGCUGGCGUGGAAGGCGGCACCGGCUGGCUGCAGGGGGAUGGUGGCCGGCGGGCCAUGCUGCUGAAGCUCCUGCAGAGACAGACCUAUACCUGCCUGUCGCACAGGUAUGGGCCUUGCCUCUGCCUCGGGGGCGUCGUCCUGCUGAUCGUCUCCGCCCUGCAGUUCGGAGAGGUCGUUCUAGAGUGGAGUCGGGACCAGUAUCAUGUUUUGUUUGAUUCUUACAGAGACAACGUUGCUGGGAAAUCAUUUCAGAACAGGCUUUGUUUGCCCAUGCCUAUUGAUGUUGUGUACACCUGGGUGAACGGCACAGAUGUUGAGCUGAUGAAGGAACUGCAGCAGGUGAGGAAGCAAAUGGAGGAAGAACAGAGAAUAAUGAGAGAAAUUCUUGGAAAGAAUACAACUGAACCAACUAAGAAAAGCGAGAAGCAACUGGAGUGUUUACUGACACACUGCAUCAAAGUGCCAAUGCUUGUCUUGGACCCUGCUCUGCCAAGCAACAUCACUCUGAAGGACCUAUCAUCUGUCUAUCCAAUCUUAAAAUCUGCCAAUAAUCUCUUCUCUGUUGCAAAGCCAAAAAAUCCUUCUACCAAUGUUACAGUAGUUGUUUUUGAUAGCCCUAAAGAAGCUGAGGAUGCUCAUUCUGGAAUGUUAAAGGAGAGCAGCAAACAAGCCACAUGGAGAGGCUACUUGACUACAGACAAAGAAGUUCCUGGUUUAGUGUUAAUGCAGGACUUGGCUUUCCUCAAAGGAUUUCCACCUACCUUCAAACAAACAAGUCAACUAAGAGCUAAACUACCAGAAAACCUUUCUUCCAAAAUAAAGCUGUUGCAGCUUUAUUCGGAAGCCAGUGUGGCUCUCUUGCAACUCAAUAAUGCUAAGGAUUUCCAGGAGCUGAACAAACAAGCAAAGAAGAACAUGACCAUAGAAGGAAAAGAACUCACACUUAAUCCUGCGUAUUUAUUAUGGGACCUCAGUGCCAUCAGCCAGUCUAAGCAGGAUGAAGAUAUUUCUGCCAGUCGUUUUGAAGACAACGAAGAACUACGAUAUUCACUGCGUUCCAUAGAGAGGCAUGCACCAUGGGUGCGGCACAUUUUCAUAGUUACUAAUGGGCAAAUUCCUUCCUGGCUUAAUUUGGAUAACCCUCGGAUAACUAUAGUAACGCAUCAGGAAAUAUUUCAGAAUGUGAGCCACUUACCUACCUUCAGUUCACCUGCCAUUGAAAGCCACAUUCACCAUAUCUCGGGCCUGUCUCAGAAGUUCAUCUAUCUAAAUGAUGAUGUUAUGUUUGGGAAGGACGUAUGGCCUGAUGACUUCUUUAGUCACUCCAAAGGUCAAAAGGUGUAUUUGACUUGGCCAGUGCCAAAUUGUGCUGAGGGAUGUCCCGGUUCGUGGAUUAAGGACGGCUACUGCGAUAAAGCCUGUAACAAUUCUGCUUGUGAUUGGGAUGGAGGCGAUUGCAUUGGUAACCAUGUGGGCAGCCGGUAUGGUGCUGGUGGUGCUGGUGGUGCUGGUGCAGGGAACGUUCCACCCUGGCAGUUUGGUGGAGGAAUAAGUGGCGUUUCUUACUGUAACCAGGGUUGUGCAAACUCCUGGCUGGCUGAUAAAUUCUGUGAUCAGGCUUGCAAUGUCCUUUCCUGUGGGUUCGACGCUGGUGACUGUGGGCAAGAUCACUUUAAUGAAUUGUACAAAGUGACCCUUCAGAAGAAUGUGACUCAUUAUAUCAUUCCAAAAGGUGAAAACCUACCUUAUUUCAGCUUUGUUGAAAUAGCCAAGAAAGGCAUUGAAGGUUCUUAUAGCGACAACCCAAUAAUCCGUCAUGCUUCCAUUGCUAACAAAUGGAAGACUAUCCACCUGAUAAUGCACAGCGGAAUGAAUGCAACUGUAAUCCAUUUUAACCUUACAUUUCAAAGUAAAGAUGACGAAGAGUUUAAGAUGCAGAUAACGUUAGAUGUUGAUACAAGAGAGGGACCAAAAAUGAACAUCACUUCCACCCGGAAACCUGAAGAUGAGGUUAAAGCCACAACUGCAGUGCCAGAAGCAGAAAUUAUAUUUGAGGAUAUCCCUGAGGACAAACGUUUUCCAAGAAUUAAAAAACGUCCAAAUGGCACAACGGAGAGUUUGGAUGGAGGCAUAGUCAUUCCACAAGUUGACAUGUCCGUCCUUCCUGAAGAUAUAAGGCUAGCUCUGCAGAACUUAGAUUUGGAGCUGCAAAUUGGUGACAUCACCCAGAAAGGGUACAACUUGUCAAAGGCUGCUCUUCUGAAGCCCUUCCAGUUGUUGCUCACAACUGCAGGAAACAAUUUCCAAAGCACAAGGAGGAAGGAAAUGCGUGGUGUCUUAGGAGGUUGGAGGAACGUCACAAGUGGGCAGAAGUCUUACAAAAGCAACAGAAGUGGCAAUGCAAUCACUGAAAGAAAAAGACAUGAAAUGUUUCCACUGGGGCAUAUUAAUAGCACUCUAGUGGCAAUGAAGGUAAACAGCUAUUUCCCUCUAAGACACAGCUUUGUAUUAAAGUCAGAACCCAUGCCUGUAAUCCAGAAAGUGAGUGAAAAACAUGAAUCUCAGGAUAAAAUGCUAAAUGCUCUCCAACAGAAGGAAACUCAAAAGCCAAAAGAAAUGAAGAAAGAGAAAAUUGCAGAAGAAAAGAAAGGAGACACCGAUGUCGACCCAGCACAUGCCAAGGAAGAUAUAGCAGGAAGUCACAUCUUACCAGGAAGGAAAUUACAGUAUUAUGGUGGAAAUUAUCCAGGCUUUUUGCCCUGGGAGAAGCAUAAAUAUUUCCAGGAUCUGCUUGAUGAAGAAGAGGCAUUAAAGAAGGAGCUGUCUUACUUGACCGAUAGUAAAACGAUUGGGAGGCAGCUGAAAGACACAUUUGCCGAUUCUCUCAGAUACGUAAAUAAACUGCUGAACAGCAAAUUUGGAUUCACAUCGCGGAAAGUCCCUGCUCACAUGCCUCACAUGAUUGACCGAAAAGUGAUGCAAGAAUUACAAGAUUUAUUUCCUGAGGAAUUUGACAAGACUUCAUUUCACAAAGUACGCCACUCUGAAGAUAUGCAGUUUGCCUUUUCAUAUUUCUAUUAUCUCAUGAGUGCAGUCCAGCCAUUGAAUGUUUCCCAGGUUUUUGAUGAAGUCGAUACAGAUAUGUCUGGCAUUUUAUCAGACAGGGAGAUACGGACAUUGGCCACGAGAAUUCAUGAAUUACCCUUAAGCUUGCAGGAUUUGACAGGUCUGGAGCAAAUGUUAAUAAAUUGUUCUAAAUCCCUUCCAGUCAACAUCACUCAUAUUAAUAUCAUGCCACCAACACAGGAAGCAUAUUAUGAUCCUAAUCUGCCUCCAGUGACUAAAAACCUGCUAACCAACUGUAAGCUUGUGACUGAUAGAAUUCGUAAAGCAUACAAGGACAAAAACAAGUACAGAUUUGAAAUCAUGGGAGAGGAAGAAGUUGCUUUCAAAAUGAUCCGCACGAAUGUUUCUCAUGUAGUUGGCCAGCUUGAUGACAUAAGAAAAAAUCCCAGGAAAUUUGUUUGUCUAAAUGACAACAUUGAUCACAAUCAUAAAGAUGCUCAGACAGUAAAAGCAGUACUUAGGGAUUUUUAUGAAUCAAUGUUUCCCAUCCCGUCCCAGUUUGAGCUUCCAAGAGAGUAUCGGAACCGCUUUCUUCAUGUGCAUGAACUUCAGGAAUGGAGGGCUUACAGAGACAAGCUGAAAUUUUGGACACAUUGUGUUCUAGUGACACUGAUUGUAUUCACAGUCACCUCGUUUUUUGCAGAGCAGCUUAUAGCCCUCAAACGAAAAAUUUUUCCAAGGAGGAGGAUUCAAAAAGAAGUUUGUCAUGAACGAAUGAAGGUGUAGAAGAAUUUCAGUCAUGAAUCAGUCUACCUCAACAUGUGAUGAGCAUGUGAAAUGUUUUGUUUCAGAAAUGUCUUCAUAGUAGUGUCCUGGGCAUGAACAAAACUGCCCAUGUCUUUAUAGCCUUUGUAACAUUGUGUAUGACACCCAUGCUACUGAACUUACAGAGAAUGUGAGGAAAAUGUGGAAUAGGGUGUGUUGCCAGCUCUCAAAUGGCUGUAAUUCUCAAACAUUAUCUCCUGAGUGCAUUAUCCUUUUUAUAAAAAGGGUUACUGAAAGAAACGUAGCUGCAUUUAUUGCAGUACACAUUGCAAACUCAGUAUAACUUUGGAUCCUCUGGUAGGUCUGUCCCUGAUAUUGCAUCCCAAGACAUUCUGUAAGUUAUUGCCUAUUCAAAUCAAUAUCUUGCCUCCUCCCAGUGUUAGAAGAACAAUAACACGUCUAUGAGAGCAGAGUUCAGAAUGGUUAUGAAGGUCCAUUGUAAUUUUCCCCUCCUAUCAUGUCACUGCUGUUCAGAAGGCAUCAUUGCUGUAUCAUGUGCUUCCCAUGGCAGCCAGUCUAGUCAUCUUACCAAGAGAUUUUUCCCAGCUUGCCUGCUGGCAGCUCAUUUUUCCUUGGAUCCCUGGCCUACAGAUUGUAGCCAGGAAUAAGAAAAUCAUGCAUGAAAGAUCUAAAGGGGAAUCAGCUUCUAGGUAAGCACUGGAAAAUCUGCUGUUGCACAUUGAGGCACAUCUGACAUAACAGCAACAAUUUAACUGGGCAGCAGAUAGUCCUAAGGUAUCUCUAUGAGAGCAGCUGUGUACCCUAUUCUUUGAGCACAACGGACGUGAUUCUAAUUAUGUUUUUUUCGUCCACAUGAGUACUACCUACAUAAAAUUAAAUAUAUAAUUUAAACAUAGAAAGGAUUGUUACGGCGGAGAGUCUUCUGAAGAACUGGAAUCUUAAUGCCCUAUUGUUCCGCUCCUUAAUAAUGAAAAAUGAUAUUUAGAGAAAUUUGAUCUCAUUCCAAUGACCCAGUGGUCUUGGACAGAAAAUUGCAGUUUCCUACUUGACUGCCUAAUUAAAAGACAGGUUUAUAAUCAAGUAAAGAGAUUGGGAUGCAACUAUGGUUUUUACAAACAUGGUAUAUUGAGCAGCAAAAGUGCCUCACCAUAUCCACUUGUCAAUACAUUGUAUUGUUUUAAUGGUACUGAUAGAUUAGCAUGAUAUGCAGUAAUUUCUCAUGUCAAGCAUUAAUAUUCUAAAAUUUAGAUGCAUUCUGGUGUUCUGCCCAAUAUUUGUCAAAAUAAAUAUAAACGAGAACUGCAAGCAGAUUUUUUUUGCUUUCAAUCAUAUUAACAGUCUUCUAAAGAUAUCAUCAAUUAUUUUAUAAAGAAGACAUGAGAUUUUCAGUGUGUAUGUGCUGUAAACUGUACAUUUUUGUUUAAUAAUGUCCAUGAUUUUAAAAUUGCGGCUUAUUUUGUCUGUGCGAAAGAAAAAUGGUCAGCUGUAGUUGAACGCUCUGAGAAGCUAAAUAUUUUUAAAUAGGAAGCAAAUGGCACCUUAUUCUUUAUUAUUCAGCGCAUCCAUCUACUUCUAAAUUAAAUAAAUUUAGUUAAACUUGUUUUAAAACAC